AUGUCUACAAUUGAAGAUGCAGAGAUGGAUGCUCAAGUUGAGCAAUGGAAGAUUAAAAAGUUAAUCAAGAAUCUUGAAAGUGCAAGAGGUAAUGGGACAUCAAUGAUUUCAUUAAUUAUUAGAUCAGGUGAUCAAAUUCCAAAGAUUUCAAAGAUGUUGAUUGAAGAGUAUGGAGCAGCUUCAAACAUCAAGUCUAGAGUAAACAGACAAUCGGUGCAAGAUGCUAUUACCUCUACUCAAAACAGAUUGAAACUUUACAAUCGUGUACCCGAGAAUGGUUUGGCCAUCUACUGUGGAACGAUUCUUGAUCCAAAGGAGAAAAAGGUGACCAUUGACUUUGAACCAUUCAAGCCAAUCAACACUUCGUUGUACCUCUGUGACAGCAAGUUCCACACCAAGCCAUUGGCCGAAUUGUUGGAAGCCGACGAAAAGUUUGGUUUCAUCAUUGUCGAUGGUAACGGUGCCCUGUUUGGUCUGCUCUCUGGUAGCACCCGUACCGUUCUUCAUCGUAUCACUGUCGAUCUCCCCAAAAAGCAUGGUAGAGGUGGUCAAUCUGCUCUUCGUUUUGCUCGUCUUCGUCUUGAAAAACGUCACAACUAUGUUAGAAAGGUUGCUGAAUUAUCAACUCAAUUUUAUAUUACAAAUGAUAAAUCAAAUGUAUCAGGAUUAAUUCUUGCAGGUAGUGCUGAUUUUAAGACUGAAUUGGGUGGUUCGGACAUGUUUGAUCAACGUCUUCGUGACAAGAUUAUCAAGAUUGUUGAUAUUUCUUAUGGUGGUGACAAUGGUUUCAACCAAGCCAUCGAGUUGUCUCAAGAGGUCUUGUCCAACGUCAAGUUGAUCCAAGAAAAGAAGCUCAUUUCUGGCUUUUUCGAGGAGAUUGCUCAAGACACUGGCAAGAUUUGCUUUGGUGUAGCCGACUCGUUGCGUGCAUUGGACAUGGGUGCUGUCAGCACCAUCAUUGUCUGGGAGGCACUUGAAAUCAACCGUUAUGUCCUCAAGACACCAAGUGAUCCAAAGGACAAGGUUCUCUACCUCACCAAGGCCCAGGAAAAGGACCAAACGUUCUUGCGUGACAAGGAGACUGGCAACGAGUAUGAAAUCAUCGAAACUACUCCCUUGGUCGAAUGGCUUGCCAACAACUACAAGUCGUUUGGCGCCAACAUUGAGUUGGUUACCGACCGUUCGCCAGAAGGAUCGCAGUUUUGCAAGGGUUUCGGUGGCUUGGGUGGCAUGUUGCGUUACAAGAUUGAUCUUGCCGAGUUGAACGACUUUGAUAACAUUGUGGUCGUAAAGUCAACCGUCAUCAAGCAUGAUGUCGUCGUUCAGCAGCAACAACAACAACAACCCAUUGUUGAUGCUUCACCAUCAUCUCCAGGUGGCGGACGUACAUCGUUUAAUGAUGGCAACAGUGCUAGUAGUAUUCAAGAUCAUCAAAAGCAGCAGCAGCAACAGUACUUUGGCCAUUCACCAGUGAUUGAACACUUUGAUUUUAGUGGUCGUGGUGAAUUAGAUGACUGUGUUGAUGAUGGCGAUGACGACCAAGAUGGAGGGACAGGAUAUGUAUUCUACCAUUCCUAUGAUCAAGUAGGAGAGGAUGGAGAAUUCAUUGAUCAAAUCACGUUUGUUCCUGAAAAGGUCAAGGAAAAGGAAAAGGAAAAAAAGGUGGUCGAGGUUGAACAACAAGAUGAUUACUUUGUUCAAGCUCCUACUAAAUGUCGUGGUGGUCGUAAAGCAGUAAUUCCCAAAAAGAAUGAAACAACCAACAACAAACAAACCUCUUCGACCAGUACUUCCAACAGCAACAACAACCAAGGACGUGACAAGAGUACCAAAAGAGGAGGGUCAAACAACAUGUCAAUUGCCCAUUAA